UGUGCAGGUUGAUAGAUCACAUCAUAACAGAUGUUAAGGUUAGGGUUAUCAUCAAGGCCUUAUCGCUGACAGCUGUUCAAUGAGAAAUCAGUGGCGUGUGGAACGUGUUGGAGCUCAUUGUCUAUGGCUAUUUCUGUCUGUCUGGUGGUCGCUGAGGAUCGUCCCCAGUUUUGCCUGUCACAGGGUUCACCACGGGGACUGUCAGCUGCUGGACCACUGCCACCUCGUCUGUGUCGGGGCGUCUCCUACUACUCUCCACGGGGACAUAAGCAAGAAUAUAACGAAUGUAACGCUCUGCGCUUGGCCGUACAAGACGUUCAAGGUGGCUAAACAUAUGGGACAUCUACGCGAUGUGGAACACUUCACUCUGAGACACAGCGAUGUUGAACACAUUGAAUCCUUCCACGGCCACCGAGCACUCCAGACUGUGAACCUAACUGAGCUACAGCUGACACAGAUGGAGAGAGACGUGUUCUCACAGUUGCCAGUGCUGCACUCUGUGGACCUGAGACACAACAGACUGUCCUACCUGGACUACCAGAUCUUCUCGUCCCUACCUGCCCUUCACACACUCUACCUUGCCGGUAAUAACUGGACAUGUGACCCUCGCUUGAUCUGGAUAAUCUCUGACGCUGAGGGAUCCAUAGGCAGCAAAGUGCUUGACAAGCAGGAGUUGUUCUGUGAGGGGAAAUCCAAAGCCAUGCCCAAGCCUCUCGUUCAGGUUAUGCAGUUUGUUAAGGUGAUGCAAGCACAGUGUCCCCAUCCCUGUAACUGCUCUGUGGACCAUGUCGUCAGAGCUUACACCUACCUGGUCACCGAGCGAGGCAAGCUACUACCCCAUAUCAAGGUCAACUGUAACCGUCGAAACCUCACCUCCAUGCCAGACCACCUGCCUGACUACACCACGGCACUCUUCCUCCGUAACAACAAUCUGACUUCAGUUGAAGAGUUGGUGUUCAACAAGCACUACAAAGAUGUGCGAGAGAUCUACUUAGACAACAACCAGAUAUCGGCUAUCAACAUUCUCGAGGGAUCUCAUUGGCUCAACAACUUUGGUGUGCUAAACUUACGUGGUAACCGGCUCCGCCAGAUACCAAUCUAUGCUCUGGACCAUGCCUUCAUUAGCCAAAAGCUCAGCCACAUCUUCCUGGGCAACAAUCCUUGGAGGUGUGACUGCGAGUUCACAAUACACUUCAAAAAUUUUCUAAAAAAAUAUUCUGGAAUUAUAAAAGACCUAGAGGACAUUCGGUGCCAAAAAGUUUAUGGAGACAUGAACUCAAAUAAAAUGAUAGUGAACUUGGACAGAUCAGACCUUUGUCACAAUCAGGACUCUCUGCAGAUAACGUUUAUUGAUAAAGUCAACAUAUUCCUGGCCUGCAUGAUAUUUCUGGUGAUCUCUACAUUCCUCUACAAUCUGACUGUGUACAAGACUACAGGGAAACUGCCUUGGAUGGUGGCCAAACUGUUUUAGAUUAGUUAAAAUUAGUUUUUACUUUUAGGUUUUGGUUGUAAGUUACCAUAAUGAUCUGAUAAGGUAAAUAUAUUAUUUAUCAAUCUCAGCAA